AUGGUCUCGACUGUGACUGAAAACAGGAUGCAAUCUUCGAGUGCUGUACCUGACGAAGACGAAAGCGCUGUCGACAAAGUGAAAAGACAAUUUCGCGAGCUCGAGAAACGUGCUAAUAAAUAUUUUGAUGACUUGGAUAAGGUGGAGGAAAUGUGCUGGAAGGCUAAGGAAGAUAUAAAACGAUUUCAGUUGAAAGCUGAAGCGGACAAGCAGAUGGUGAAAAGAGAUCGUGAUGUUCAAUUCAAGAUUUACUCUUCGCUUGAAGAGAUGAGUCAUAAGUUAAAGAGAAUGGAAAUCAAAGAGAAGCCAAACACGGAAGAGGAAAAGUUGCCUGUCAUGCCUGAAGAGGCAAGGAGAGCUUCACAAUCUACAAUAACUGGUCGAGUUUGUCACUAUGUCAAGAUUGGCUGUUUGUUGGUGGUAGAUGCACUGGCUGCGUAUGGAAUGUUUAAAUUGACGCAGCCAGUUUUCUUUGGAUAAAAAAAAAGCAAAACAAAAAAAAACAAAAAAAAACAAAAAAAAACAUAAAGCAAAAAAAAAAACAGAAAACAACAAAAAAAGGAAAAAAAACAUGGCGCGUUCUUCCAUCCAAGCCCUGGCGAAAGGUAUGACGUUAUAAUAAUGUUCACUUCUCAAGUUAUUCUUAUAAUUUCAAGACAUUGUCAAACAGAGAGGCAAUGAAAAGUUAAAAAUCAUCAACCCGCGACCAUCAAGUUUAGGCAUCAACCUUGAUUUUCCUCCCAAAAUAUAUCUGGCACCAUCAUCAGUAGUUGCUAGACUUGACUUUCAAAUCUUGGUGGUGAAAGCUCUCGACUCAGAAAAUCUCCUGUUUUUCUUUUAUGCUAGUAUUGCUUUGAAUGAGAGUAGGCGAGCCCCCGAUCGUAAGCACCGAAUCAAAACUGCAGGAGAGUGAAAGAGAAUAGAUGUGUUGUUUUGCACGUUAUUGCAGCCCUAUGAAAUUACUGCAGCAUUAUGGGAGACUAAGCAUGCGCAUGUCGAAUUACACCUCAGCUGAACGAAAUUCAAAAUGGCGUAGUAAAUCGAUUAGGCAACUACUACAAAAUGUUUCAUAAAAUAAGAUCUUUCAUCCAUGAGGCAGUUGAAGCUGUAAGUCUGUGAUUUUAAUGAUUGUAGAAUUGCUCUUGUGGUACGAAUUUGUGGACCCAUCCGUUGUCUUGCACAGCUAGACAAGAAAUUUUGAGCAAUUUUCGGAGCUUGUAAACAUCUCAUAUAUUCACGUUUAAAUUAAAACCUCACCAUAUUACUGGUAAUUUUUAGCUCGCUCCUGACGUUCCUCCUCAAGAAACCUUUGUUUUCCACUGGAAGGCCAUCACAAAUUAUUUUAUAGAAGCCACAGGUAAGCCACGAAAUCAAUGUUUAUGUUUACAUGGUAUACAAUCUAACGUGCAUAUUUUAAAGAUUAUUACUUUUGUUUGCUUCCAUGUAUGCGUUUGAUUAAUUAUCAAACGUUUCCUUUUUCAUGAUUGGCAGAUGAGAAGGUUCCAGUGCAAUCCACAAAUAUUCCAUAUCAUUUGGAACAAAUGUUAGAUAUUCUUAAGCAUGAGGAAGAUGACCCGUCCAGUGGAGGAACUACGGUAAAUUUUAGACCAGAAAUUUAAUGAAUUAAUCUUUAGGCUAAUUUUUUUUCAUUAAAACGGAUGCCUUAAAAAUUCCAUUCAAUCUUUCCAGUGAUUAUUGUCAUCCCUUUCCCAAUUACUGAAGCCAACAAAUUAUGGUUUCCCUGUAGGAAAACUGUGGAUACUCUGCAUUACCAUGGACUCAGAAUUAUGGGGAUAUGCUCAUCAUGACCCAAAUUUCAGUUCCUCUUUUCACCAAUUUCUGAUCUUUUAAGUUCUGGACUACUUUACACAUACAAAAAGAUAUGUUGUUAGUCAUAGUAUUGCUUUCUAUUUUAUUAGUACACAAAACAUUUCUAAACACCACAACGGACAGAGGCUUGUUUUGGGUCUAGGCAGUUUUUAAAUGUAUAUAUCCUGUAUAAUAUAUCCAAUUAUAUCAAAGGUAUUCAAUGGAUAUACCCUCCAGAAUUCAGAAAUAAAUUACCAACACAAUUGAAAUCAAGAGAUGAUCAAAACUUCCUAUAGUGAAGGCAAACUAAGACUCUCUUAGAGGCUAUAAAUAAACUUGUUGCUUGCUUGUUUGAUUGCUGAUAACACGUGCUAAAAUAAUUUAGAAGCAAUAUUUUUAAAAUUAUUUUGAAAUUAAAAUAUGGUGGUGUGGUACAAGUCUUAUGACUUGCAUUAUUCUGAACAAAUUGCUUAAUCUAGGAAAGGACUAAUAUGUAGACUGCCAGUACCAAGUUUAGGCCUCUCAGUCAUCAAUAUCUCAAUUCAUUUGAAUAAGAUUAAUAUUCACUUAAAAUGGACAGAGACAUACUCAAACCCAGCUUUGACAAUGGUGUUAGUGCAAGGGAAAUGCUUACACUUUGGUUCAUAUGGGCUCUGUUAGGUUCUUGAGGUUCUGGUGUAAAAGUUUUUUGCAGGGGAAUUGAGUACAGCUGUGUAGUGUAUAUGUAUUUUCUUGGACUCUGUCUCAUGCAAUUUUGUUCUUUUUUGCAUUGAUUUAUCUUGAGUUUGAGUCAGUGAUGGGCCAUAGGUUUUAAUGUAUUCUUUUCUGGCAAAUAGUUUUCUUCUUCAUUUCUUUGUGACAUUUUUACUUUUUUUCCUCUUUAAGGGUCCUUGUCUGGAAUAUCUUUUGCAGCAUAAAAUAUUGGACACUCUUCACACUCUUGGCAGAGCAGAUGUAGGUAUCUUAUGACAUUUCCUUGAGGUAAUCUGAGAGAGAGACCUCAGUGAUAACUCAUACAAUGUAUCUCUCACAAACAACUUAUGUCAAUCGUACCACUUGGACAUCUAAAAUCACUAAUCAUAUGGAAUUGUUUAAAUUUGAAUCUUAAAGCCAAUAAAAUUAUGACAAACUGGAAAAUCAGUUUUUAAAAGCAAAGCUGAAAACAUUCAACUGAGCGAUCACUUUUUAUAUGGAAAAAAGAAGUAUGGGGCUUUUCACUUGUAUAAAAAAAUCAUGAUGGUAUUUCUAGUAAGCCUUUUUUGGUAGGCUAUAGAAUCAACUCAAUGCAUGGAAUCAGUGUAGCUUUAUGUUUCAUUAUUUUACACUUCAUAGGAUUAACAGAGCUGAUUUAUGCAUUUUGUUGUCAGUUUGUUACAUAUUCUUUGGUAAUUUCUACCUUCAUAUCAAAUCUUCUGGGAUCCUUCAUGUUUUAGUGUCCUCCUGGGAUGAAACAAAAAGUAUUGCUGUUUUUUGCAAACCUGCUGGCCAAGAUGAAACAACCUCUUCUACCACAUAUAAAUGUUUAUCGUCCAGUUCAUGUAAGUUUGGUUUUCCCUUACAAGUUUUUGUCAAAAUUAGUGGGUAUUAAAUAUUUUUAUAUACAACCCUGUGGUAUCUGCUUAUGUAAGAGUAUGUUCAAGCAAACUUUGACUGUUGAUUUGUUAAUGAUGAUUAUUGUGUUGAGGAAUUACCAGUUAGUAUAAUACAUUAUUUUCCAAUUUCUCUUUAGCAUGAUGUUUUUUGAAAAAGAUAUGGAUCUUGUAUAUGCACUGUAAUAUAAUAUAUAGAUCUCGUCUUUAGAUUUUCAUUUUCAUUAUUUUCAAUUCUAUUUUUUCUUUUUGUAACUCAGAGACUAAUCAGACUCUGUGGUGAGGUGAAAGCUGCUCCUUCUGAAAAUGAAGAAAUCCAUUUCUUAUGUGUUGUAUGUGCAAAGUUACGACAAGAUCCAUACUUAGUGAACUUCUUUCUUGAGGUGAGCUGAAUACAAACUCACUCCCUAAUCCAUAUUUUUCAUUACUAAUGAAGGCAAGAGUACCAAAAUUGACUUUAACCCUUUAACCAAUAAGAGUGACUGGCUUCGCAUUUUUUCCUUAGAGUAUCACCCUUGAGUAAAAUAUAAAAGACAGAUGAAUUAUGGUAGAUUUUUAAAGUUGUCCAUGUUUUAAAAUUUGAUAAAUCUCUGAAUUAAAUUGCGCUCUCUUAUCUGAUAAAACUCUGGAGUUACAUUUAUGAGUCAGUAUCUUUACCUUUACAUGAUAAUUAACAAUUUUAGUGAGAUCUCAGUAAGUUCUUAAUGCUGGCAAAUUGCUUUAAAUAUUUUAAGUGUCUACAGCUUGGUUUUACAUGAAGUCAUAGAAAUUUUUCAUUUUUAUUAUACAUGUAUUCUUUGGCUGCUUGCUGAGCUGGCAUAAUAAAAAAAAAUCUUGUUUUGUGGUACUUUUCAAAUUAUUUGGUGUAAACUUGUUUCUUUUAAUAAACCCUCCUUUUACUAAGCUUGAUUGGUUGAGGUGGCCAGAUAGUGGCCAUGUACAAUUUUGCAAACCUAGCAAAUAUCUAAUAAUCUUGAGCUCAAGCUCGUUCAAUGACACAUAUUUCUAACUGUGUCAUUGUGUUGCAUUCUAAGGGUUUCUGGUACUUCUGAUACUCAAUGUUACACAUGACACCCCACUUUUAUCUACAUGUAUAAGCGAUAGGUGUAUUUUUUGAACUGUCUUUUCCUGUUCUCAGACAAACUCUACUCCUACACCUUUUUUGUCUUCCCAUGCUGGUGAGCCGGUAGGAAUGUCUUUCUCUUUAUUCUCAGACACCAAUCAUCCAUGGUAUAUCAGGUUUAUCCUUCACCUCCUGGCAUACAUGUACAAAUACUAACUGCUUGUUCUAUCAUUGUUCUAUCAUUGUUCUAUUAUCUUACAUGUGUGAAUAUCACUGGUAUAUAAAGUAAAUGAUACAUUUGCUUGUUAUAAACUAAUUUACCCAUCUAACAAACUAUUUGGGAUAAUCCCAUGCAUGAAACAUGUGCUGAAGAAUUAAAAUGGAAUUUUAGAAACUAAGAGUAACUUAGCAUCCCAUGUGAGGUGGCUAAAAUUUUCAAAUGACAUUAAAUACUUCUGUCACUAUACAGUUGUAUCAUUGUUUAUGGAUACAGUAACCCUCAGCUAAUACCUUGUUAAAGAUUAAACAUUAAAAUGCAUUAUAAUUUUUUGUGUGUAAAGUGAUUGUUUUACAUCACAUUUAACUCAGUGUUUGAGACACUUUCAAAAUAUUUGUGACCUUACGCAACAAUUGCAACGUACAUUGUUCUACAAGUCAUACUGUAGGUCUCAUGAAAUCUGCAGUUUUCAUUGUUAUAAGGAGUAAGGAUGUGAGAAAAAAAAGUAGGUUUCUCAGCGCAAACUUGAGUUAAAGUUGAACCAUAUAAAUACAAGCCCAUUAUUGAUUCUUUCCAGGCACUAGCUUCUUCUCCAGCAUCAACAGCAGACUUAGAUUCCAUGUCUGGUCCAGUGAAGGCCCAAGGACGUGAUAAACCAGAUUAUACACUGGUUAAUUCUCUACUUAACUUGUCAAAGAGUGAGGUAAACAUCAAACUUUUGAACUUCUUUUUUUUUUUUAAUUAUUUUGAAAUUACUUUGUAUUCUCCUCUCUGAUCCUCUUGUCAAUCAAAAAAACUUGAAUGAAUAACUACAUUGUUCUGGUGAAAAGACACAAAUUCCUUGUAUACAAAUUUGUAAUAAAGCUUUACGCCAACUCUUCUGUGCUCUGUUCAGCACUCAUCUUUUUUUCAUAAGCUGUUUGCAGCACAUUUUCAUAACAAAAUGUUACUACUGUUUGUUGCAUUGCAGGAUAGUAGAAUAGCAGUGAAAGCUUGUGAGGGAUUAAUGCUGUGUGCCUCCCUUCCUGAGGAUCAUGCAGCUACUGUAAUUAUCCUGUACACUCCAUUCUGUGAAGUUAUGGUUAGUUCAUAAUAUACUUUUUUGCAAUGUGUUAUGCUAUAUUACAUCUUUUGCUCUAACUUUGAGACUUUCACCAAAUGUUAACAUGAUAAUUAUUUUCUAACCAUUUCAGGCAGACAGACUAAAAGUAUUAUUUGAUGCCUUGCCAAAAAAUAUAGAGCCACUGGAUAUUUCUGCUGUUGCUGCCAAAUGGGGGUAGGUCUUUGACUUCAGUAGCUACACAAAAUCUAUGACUGUGACAGGGUUCCUAACUAGAACAGCUUGCAUCAUAAUUAUUAAUAACAUCUUUUAUUUUUGGUCAGGCUUGACCAUCAGAGUGAUGAUGAGGAUGUUUCAUCAUUCCCUGGCAAGAGACGGUUGAUCUCAUUUUUUUCUUGGUUGGAUUAUGUGGAUCAGCUUUCCAAAGAGGCACACAAGGUUUGUAAGCAAAAUUGAGCACUUACAGUGAUUUCUUUUAAAUCAUGAAAGCACAGUAUUAAGUGCAAACAAUGUCUCUUUCAAGGUAGGAAAAAUAAUAUUUAAUGCUGCUACAAAAUCUGUGCAUUGUUUUCUAAAUUUUGUUUUUCUCUGAUAGUGGUACUAAUUGGCAAGUAGGAUUAUCAAUUUUUCAAAAUUUCUUUUGCCACAGUGUGUAUUGAUCAAUAAGCUAAGAACAAGUAGCCCAGAUUUAUAAGAUGGUGUUGAAAAAUUGUUGUGUAGUUUUAAAACUGACAUUUUAGAUCCAUAGGCAUGAGAUCCUUGGAUGAUUCCUGAUUUUUACACUGGAGAUAAUCAAUGUUUGUUGUAAAAUAAUUUUAAAAAAUCCAUAAUUUACAUGGUGAUCCAUCAUUGGCUAGAAAAGAGUUGAUAACUCUCAUGAUUUGUACAGUAUGGUACUAAUGCAUCUGUAUUGUUACUGUUUUAUAGCUUGUGGCCAAAGCUUUAGCAGUAGGUGUGAGAGAACGUUUUCUACAGACAGUUAUUGAGCCAGGUCUCAUUCAACAGUGAGUGUUGUUUCGCUCAAUCCUUUUGUUCAAAAUUUAAGGAAAUUAUUUUGAUAAUUAUAGUUUCAAAAGUGUGUCAAUGUUAAGAAGCUACAUAAAUUAAUUUGUGUAGUGUUUGAAUACUUAUUUCAGUCACUACAACUGUAUUAGACUGAGGUGUUGGAAUUGAAUCAAGUGAAUGUAUUUCAAUGAGAAAUUUUUCUACUAUACUUUUACCAAGGUGGUAUUAAUAAAAUUAGAAAGUCAUGUUUAAUACCUGUGUAAAUAUGUUUAUAAUAAGCUAAAUCCAGCAUGUGUAUUAUAAUCAUAGGGUCUUACUUCAUACAUGUACAUCAGAUGUGCAUUGUAAAAACAUAUGGAGCAGGCUGUGCUAAAUCUUUGUAUUUUAUUUCAUUGUUAGAUCAGAGCUUGGUAUUAUCACUACGACAGCUGUGUUGAGGAGAUGUGUGAAAGCUCUCACUUCACCUCAACUCCUACGAGGUAUCUCCUCAUACUUGUACUUUGAGAACUGUGGAUGUUACCCUCCUAGCAUUGGAAAAACUGAUUGUUACAGACUGAGGAAGUUAAAGAAAAAGUGCUCCUCAAAAUUUAUUUUUUCUUCAAUCCAUUGUUUGUAAAACCUAUAAAAUGAUUUUACUGUGUUAUGAACUAAUAAGGAUAAUUCUGUCUACUAUAGACAUAAACUUUAGGUAAGUACAGCUGUAGGUAGCCUAAGAUAGGUGAUCACUAAGGAAGUUUUGCCACAUGAAUUUUAAUCAGUAUUUGUCUAUCUUUUUCAACAGAAAUGUGUAUAUUUCUACUUGGAGAGGAAACAACACCAGAAACUGCAUUUCAAGCUGGAGAUCAUAAAUUACGGCAGACACUUAUUGAAAGAUGUGAUCACUUAUCUGAUGAGGCAUGUGGAUAAGAUGUUAAAGUCAACUUUCAAAUUUUAAUGUUUUUUGUUUGCCUUAUGGGCUAGUUUAUUUUGGUAACCCAGGGUACUGAAGCUGCCAACUCCUUCCUUGUUUCAUUAUCUAUUUUCAGGUCAGUAUAGAAACACUAAAAUUGUUUGAGACAUUACUCGACAAACCCUGUGAUAUGAUUCUAGACAAUCUUGUACUCCGAAACCUGAAAACCAGAAAGUAUUAUGCUGCGCCUACAGUUACCAAUGGUGAUACAACAAUUCACACACCAGUGGUAGAGAGCCAAGCAGAAAUUUCACCAGCUACAACUCCUGUUAAAAAACCUCCACCAUCACCAACAUCACCUUCCACCCCUCCACUCACUCCAGAUGGGUUAGGACCAGGACAGAUUGGUAAUGAUAUUGACAGAGAAGAAGUGGAACAAGUUGUAAAUAGGUACAUUAAAAAAAAUCUAUAUGGCAAUAGUAUUUGUACAGAUUUUCACACCAUAUUUUUGUCUCUAUUAAUGGUUUCUGUAACAGUUUUAUUUCCCUAGUUCCUGAUGAAAUAAAAACAUCAGCACUAAUUGGUGAUGCAGGCUAUGACACAUACUUGAGAGAUGCCCACAGACAGGUAAAUAGUUGAAGUUACUUCAAUUGCAUUACGUUUCUUUUUAAUUACUUAUCUGGAGAAUCCCUGUUUUUUUUUUCUUAGUUUUCUUUUUCUUUUUCAUAGUGUAAUCAGCGUGCUUUACAGACAGGUGCAUUUGGUUGGCCCUCAACUCCAGUGCCCCCUCAUGGUAAAUUGCUCAAGUUAUCUCAACCUAUACUGAGUUUGUGUGUUCAUGAACAUGUAUAUGUGAUUAUCUUUUAUAAAUCAAAGUGCAAUGAACUUUUCUAUCAUGUACUAAUUGAGAUUUUAUUUAAAGUUUUGACUUUUUUUUUUCCAAGAUGUAGAAGACAGCAGAGAGAACUUUUACGAAGGGGCAUUCUUGAGUAUGCUCUUCAAGAAACUACAGAGAUUGUUAGAUCAGGUAUUUUAUUUGAUCAGGCUAAUCAUGAUUAAAUUAUUUAUAUUAAGUACAUCAAGGUGGUGAACAGAGCUUGAAGAUAGUGAUAGCCAGUGUGAAGCGGAUGUACUUGAGAUCAACAUUGGAUGUAAGGUGAAGUGGGUUCAUUGUGUAAUAGAGGAUUCAUAUCGUGAGGAGGUAUCAAGGAUAUCAGCCAUCUCAUCCCUCUACGCCAAGAAAAAUUGAUAAAUAUAAAUCUAUAUUAAUUAUUUGAACAUCAUGACAUGCCCCUAGAUGCAAAUGGUGACCCCCUACCUGACUACACAUCCUGUGUUAGGAAGAAUAAAGAAGGACACUUCUAGGUUAUAGCUUUUACAGUGAUUGUAAUGUGUAAGUUUGUGGCUACUUAAAAUCUGUGUUUAGAUUGUUAUUUGAAAGUAGGUGUUUUGACAGAUAUAAAAAUAACAGUUAGAUUCCUUUUUUUGACAGCCAUAUGAUGUGAACCUCCAGGUUACAAGUGUAAUAGCAUUGUUAUCACAGUUCAAUCAUCCUCAACUACAAGAAUUCCUACUGAAUGCUUCCCUGCCUCUGUCACCAAACUGCCACUCUCUUCAUUCAACUCUUCAAAAUGUGAGUACUAGAAGGUAUAAUGUAUAUUUGAAACUUUAUGAUCAGUCAAAUAAUAUUUGAACUUGAUUUGUGUGUCUUGAAAGUCAGCAAAAAAGUGAGUGAAGUCUUUUUACCCUCUUGGUUUUCUUUACUUGUAAUUUUUGGUUAAUCUUACCUCUAUCUAGUUUGCUUUCAUGAUUUACUAAACAUAACCUUUUCUAAAUGUUCAGUUAACUUGAAAGUUUCAUGUCUCAUAGCAGAAGUUAAGAGGAGAAAUUAAGCUGGUAUGAUUUUUUUUUUAAAUAUGAAAUAAUGUUUGUAUUACUCAAUCCAUUUAUUAUUUGUAGGUUGUUCAAGAUCUGAGAGGCAGAGUACAAAGACUACCCAACUUUCAGAGAAAUGUUGUUGCUAUUAGGAGACAACUGAUGGGCCUUGCCACAUCACCUGAGCAUAAGAGGUACGCAGCCUACAUGUAUGCAUUUUAACUCCUAAGAGUGACUGGAUCUAAUCUCUCCUUACAGUAUCACUGCUGAAUCAACAGUUAAGGUCAAGUCAUGAGAAUAAGGAAAAUUAUCAAAAACUAUAGAAGCUCUUGAUUUUCAACCAAAUUAUCCUUGUCAGUACAAUAGGAAAUUUAUAAGAAUAUAGAUAUUGAUGUGAAGGUGUAAAGGGUUAACUUGUACAGAGUAGCAGUAUGUUAUACUGGCGGCCAAAGUAACUUAUUCUUUUAUAAGCAGUAGAAAAGUUAUUUUCAUUUUAAUCUUUAAAGAGCCAAGUGUUAGCUGUGACCAUACUUGUAACAAAAUCAAAUACUACUUUUCAUGAUGCUCUAUGAUUAUAGUGUAGUCUCUAUUAAUCAUCUAUGUCAACAAAUUAAUUUACUGAACCAUUUGGGUUGAUAUUAUUUAAACAAACUACUGUUAUCAUUUUGUAGUCUCAGUGAAAGCAACCUCCUUGAAGCUGCAAUAGUACUAGAGGAAUUUUGCAAGGUGAGAACAUGUAGAAGAGCAUACAUUUAUGUAGCAUUGUUUGCAAUGUUUGGAAAGGCAUGGGGACAAGAAAAACAUAUAUAUGGCAUGUUUUCAAUGAUUUUGUUCUUCCUUUUGUCCGAUUUAUGUGCAACAGUACAAAGUUAGUGAGGAAUUUACCCUUAACCCUUCAAUUCCUAGAAGUAGUCAACAUGUAACUUCUCCCUGUAAUAUCCACACAUUAUUCAGCAAACAGGUAAUGAGAAUACUCAAACUUACCAGGUAGUAGUUAUCCCGGUCUAACACUGAAUUCUCACAACUAACUUAUGUAAGGAAAUGUGUACCAGCUAGAGGGGAGAAUUAACACUCAGAUCUUGGGAUUUAAAGGAUUAAAUACCCAAGAUCCAGUAAGCAAUUCUUCCUUCUAACUACCAUUCAUUGCUUUGUGAAUUAGACAAAUAAAUGUGGUUUAAUUUAACUAGAACAUUUCAUGUUGCCGCAUAUCUGUUCAGUAGUAGAUCACAGAUGACCUUAAAAUGUGGUGAAAACCCAAAAAAUUGGCACAAGGUACAACCAAGUGUCUCACUGAUGCAACCUUCCCUCCCUAGUUAUGAAUAAAAUGAAUACUGUCAUGUUAACCUUCAUAUUAAUAAAAUAGUUCUACCUUUUGAAACAGGAAUUGGCAGCAAUUGCAUUUGUUAAAGCAACAGAGAGGGUACAAGGCCGAUGACAGGAUGACUAGUUGAUUGCAUGAAAACAGUAACUUGUGUAUAUCAAUAAAUAUAGAUCUAGAUAAUAUAUUUGUGGCUUUAUUGUUUGGUUCCCUUUUAAUGGAAAGAUAUGGGACCAACCCCAUGGAUUUGGGGAUAUAUAAAGUUACAGGAUGUGUUCAGGGGGGGUUUACUUUGUACUGGCUUUUUUUGCAAACUUAGGUAACCAAGAGAGGAAUCACCUUGAGUUUAUUAGAGUCUACACAUAAUUUCAAAUGAGUUGUAUUCAUUUCAGUAAUAGUUACUGAAGUAUGUUUGAAGUGUGUGUAUACCCCAGGGCUGUUGGAUUUAGUCUCUGCUGUUUCUGUGGGUGUGAUCUUAACAGUAGUUGUAAAGGGAUUAUUUGUCUCAUUCAAAUUGAUCAUCAAACAUUUGUCAUGUCUUUUUUGUGGUUGUCUAUGCAACCUGCAGAGAGUGAUAAAUUAAGACACAUUGUAUAUGCACCAAAAUGAUUAAUUUUCAAGUCAUUUAGAAGGUUCAAAUUGGCUUGAAAAGAGAUAUUGAAUUCCAGAAAUGUUAUACAACAUCAAAUUUUGUACAUUGGUUUCAAAUAGUGAAAAUUAUUUCUGUACUUGGUUGAAACAUUCUUUUAUGGGGAUUAACCAGGUACCAGUAAUAUAUUUUUCAUAAUGUGGUGUAGGUGAUCCAUAAUUACAUACAAUGCAAUGAUUCCUUAACACUUGGAUGAGGCUAAAAAGAAAUAAAAUGGUAGCUAAUAGUAAUUGGGAGUUGUCUACUUUACAAGGAUUUUCUGGAAAUGGAAAAGGAUGAUGGUAAAUUUUAAGUUGUUGAGGAACUAAGUAGCAGUUUACAAAGAAUCCUCUCUUCAGUAUAAUUAGGAAGUCUAAAGGGAGAUAUAAAUUAUAAUAACACUACACUUGUCAUCAAACUUUAUCUUACAUUCUUAAUUUUAAGUUUGGUUUUAUUCUCUUAAAGGUGAAAAAGUUGAAAUAUUUAAUAAUAGUAUUAUUAAAAAGAUUAUCUUCCACACAUCUUGCAACUAUAUUAUGUACUUCAACUGUUGGAGAUAUUUGUAAUAAAAAUGUUUACCAGGAACAAGACAAACAUGUGUGAUGUCUUUUCUGUUUUGCAACACAUUUUUAGCAAAAAUGUAUACUAUUACGUUUUCACAUGCACAACUGUACAUAGAAAAAGUAUGCAAAACUCAAGAUUCCAAUCUCAAGGAAGUCUUUUAGUGUGUAAACUCAUAAACUUU